CAGAUAAAAGAAGUACAAGGGAAAUAAAAAUCAACAGACGAAACUGAAAUUGUUCCAAAUGGAGGCUGGUGAAAUUGCAUUUGAUAGUGAGGGCGAACUUUUAGUUGGGGCAUCUUAUACCCUCGCUAAUCUUGCCUCCCACCUGUCCAAAGACGAGCCUUUGGAUGGCCCUGGAUUUGAAGGUGUCCAAGAAUCACCUGCAAAGAAGAGGAAGAUUGAGACCAGCAAUCAUAAUGCACUAGAGAAAGAUGAAACUCCAGGUGUCACAAACUGUUAUAUUUUCAAGAGUCGGCUUCAAGAGUUUUGCCAAAAAGCUGGGCUUACAACUCCUGUUUACGAAACAAUCAAGGAAGGCCCUUCCCAUGAGCCGUUCUUCAGAUCAACUGUGAUUGUAAACAAUGAGAGGUACGAUUCUCUUCCCGGAUUUUUCAACCGCAAAGCAGCCGAGCAGUCAGCAGCCGAAGUUGCAUUAGUAGAACUCGCCAACUCAGCUGAUAUGAAAUUCUGGAUCUCUCAACCUGUGACUUUGAAGAAACGUAGAUACGACAUCAAGUUCAAAUUUACCACUUUUAACUUUUACAUACUUAAUGAAACUACUUUUCAUUUUAUACUGCAAGAAACGGGCCUAUGCAAAAAUGUGCUCCAAGAAUACGCCCAAAAGAUGAACUAUGCCAUUCCUUUAUACGAGUGCCACAAGGUAGAAAAACUGGGCCGGGCCUCCGCAUACUCAUGUGUGGUCGAAAUUGGGGGCAUUAAAUACAUAGGAGCCUUAGCCAGCACAAAAAAGGAAGCUGAGAUAAAAGCUGCCCGAACGGCUAUGAUAGCCAUCCAAUCAUCUGUCUCUAACUCUGAAAAUGGGACGAGCAACUCACUCUACACGGUUUUCCCGCAGAAAAAGAAGUCAACGGAUAAUAACAAAACUUGUAACAGCACAAAGGAUAAUGCGAAAGUGGGGCCCUCGAAAAAGAAAAAAGGCGGCUUUAAGAAGAAGAAGGCUUUCAAGAAGCGGAAGCCUGUCGAGGGUGAGAUGCUUUCUGAGGUGGAAAUGAACGGUGGGGAUGGAUUGGGGUUGGAAGAGGUCAAGAUGGGGAAUACUUGUGGUUCGGGGGACUGUUGAUGCAAAUCUUGAAAGUUUUUGAAGUUGUAUGUGAUGUAGAGUCACUAUGAUAAUAUGCAAAAACUCUUGAUGCCUUGUGAAAAAAUGGCUAGGUUUUUCUGAUUUACUGGGUUUUUUUGGUUACUGGGAAAGUGGGCUUUAUUGAGGGUGAUAUUUUGAUCAAAAGUGCCAAGAAUUUAUUGGUUGCAAGAUAUUGUGCAAUUGAGAUGUUAUUUAUGGUGUACUUAGUUGAAUGUGGUACUGUUUGAAGUUGGGAAAUUUGAUAUAUUAUCCUUUGUGCAAGGGAAAUUGUUCAUAUUUUGUGC